AUGAUGACCCUGAUUACAACCCUUUGGAUGACCUUGAUGAACUGCCACAAGAACUACACGAAACGCAAACAUCUGGCCAAGAAGGAAGAAUUUUCUUCGUUCAAGAAAAGUGUCUGCGUGACCUUCUGACUGUGUGCAGCAUCUGCCUUGCUCCUCGUGCAGUGACCUUCACAUGUGAGGGAACGUUGGUGGAGGCUAACGGCCAGUGCCGGUCAGGCCAUGCAUUCUGCUGGCGCAACCAAGAUGUGGAAAAACAGCAGCCAGUGCUCAACUUGCAACUUUGUGCAGCAGUGCUGUUUUCGGGAAACAACCCGACAGUUUCAAUCAGAAUGCUUUCGAUGAUGGGAGUACAAGUUGUGAGUGAGCGGACGUUUUUCUCCAUCCAGCGCGUACACCUGUGGCCCGCCAUUGGCAAAGUAUAUCAAGAUGAGCAGGAGCUUUUGCUUUUAGAUGCUCAGAAGAGAAAAGUGAAGCUUGCUGGGGAUGGGCGAGCAGACUCGCCCGGUUAUAGCGCGAAGUUUGGCACGUAUUCAUUGCUAGAUGUGGAGAGCAACAAGAUACUGCACUUUGAGGUCGUGCAGUCCAAUGAGGUUGGCGGUAGCUGUCGCAUGGAGCUGGCUGGGCUACAGCGUGCCCUUGCUUUCUUGGACCACAAGAAUGUUGAAGUGUCCGUUCUUGUCACGGACCGCCAUGCCCAAGUGAAGUGUUUUAUGCAGAAACACAAGGAAGAAACCGAACACGAGUAUGAUGUGUGGCAUAUGGCAAAAGGGGUCAACAAGAAGCUGCAGACUGCAGCAAAACAAAGCGACUGCAAGGAGCUGCUACCAUGGAUAAAAUCUAUUACGAACCAUAUGUACUGGGCAGCAGCUUCUAGCCAUGGAAACAAGGAACUAAUCGUUCCAAAGUGGAAGUCGCUUCUGAAUCAUGUUCAAGGCAUUCAUGAGCACGAUGAUGAGUUGUUUCCCUCGUGUCUCCAUGGCAAGAUUGAGCCGAGAGAAUGGCUCAAAAAAGACUCUAGGGCACUGCAGAAACUCGAAGAAGUGGCCACUGCGAGAACCCUGCUGAAAGACAUGCCACGGCUUUCCACCAGAUACCAGACAUAUGGACUUGAGGCAUUUCACAGCCUGCUGCUUCAUUUUGCACCCAAGCUGUACCACUACCCAUACGCUGGAAUGAAGGCAAGGACACAACUUGCUGUGCUGCACUAUAAUGAGAAUAGUGAGCGUGAUCAAGCCUGCACAAAGGAUGGCACUCCACGAUGGCGCAUAAAGUACCCGAAAGCAGCUGGGGGUGAGCCUGUGGCCUGUCCCAUAAUGGAGGCAGCCAAACAUGGCUACGUCCAAAAGCUCCUGCAGGCAGUAACCACAGCAGCUAUCAAUGCACCUCCUGGAAAAAGGGAAAAGGCCACUCCUGAGACUCGAUCACCACUCAGCAGCUCAUUUAGUAUUGUAAAUAAGGACACAGAGGUAGCUAAGCGAAUGAGUCGCUUCAAUUAG